AUUAGAUGUUGUAGUCAUUUCUAUAAUUGGUUGGAUGAUUUUUAAAUUAUAUUUUUAAACCACUUUUUAGAAAAAAAUAAAAUUUUUAAUCUUUGUACACUAAAGAAUAACAUCAUGUAUUGUGAAACGAAAAGAGUAAGAAAGAGAUAGAAACAUAUCUCAUUUGAGAAACUUCAAAAACUCUAUGAAAUAGUUUGAAGACAUGUCAAUUUAUGAUUAGUUUAUUUUAUUUUCAAUUUAUGAGCUGUAAAUACUAACAUAAAUAUAUAAAAACCUCUUUUACUUUAUUUAGCGCUAGAAAGUGUUCUCAGUGUCAAGUUUUUUGACAAUCGGUUGCAGCAAGAACCAUCAGUCCUUGAGUUUAUUUCGUGUUUUUGUUGUAGCCUAAAACUCUUUUUGGUUCUAUGAGUGUACGAUUUUCAUAACCAUGGUUCUUUUUUUAUGGUAGAGUGUAAAACAAUAAUGGUAUGUUUUUUUGGUCAGUUAACCAAGUUUUAAAGAUAGAUUUAAUUAACAGUAGCCUGACACAUGAAACUUCGAUGCCGAAAGAGCUCUAAGAUCAAAGACGAAUCUUUUUAAACAUACACGUGAUUUUUGUGUCUCCCAAGACCAUCUUAGGCGGUCCAUGUUUUCAUACUAUAGUAGAAAAACUUGAUUAAGUCAUUACACUAAUUUGUAACAGUAAUUACAGCUUGCAUCGCAGAAGUUCGUUAUCAUUUACAAUUAUCAUCACAUGCCAGACACAAUCAAUACACUAUUUAAUAAGCCUAGUCAUUCGUAUAUUUAUAUAUACGUAUAUGAUGUUAGUAAUGAGCUACUCCAUUAUUUAUACUACAUAAAUACUCCACUAUAGGUUCUGAUCUCGUAGUACUAUUUAAUGAACUCCAUCGAAUAACUACUCGCAAGUCUUUUUAUUUCUCUCUUUGUAUGAUCUCUCUCGUCUAACUUCAAAGAAGCAAAAAAAUGAGAAAGAACGUAAGUAGUAGUGGUGAAGAAGGAAACAACGAGUACAAGAAAGGUUUGUGGACCGUAGAAGAAGACAAGAUCCUUAUGGAUUAUGUCAAAGCUCAUGGCAAAGGCCACUGGAAUCGUAUUGCCAAAAAAACUGGUUUAAAGAGAUGUGGAAAGAGUUGUAGACUGAGGUGGAUGAACUAUCUCAGCCCAAAUGUGAAAAGAGGCAAUUUCACCGACCAAGAAGAAGAUCUUAUCAUUAGGCUCCACAAGUUGCUUGGCAAUAGGUGGUCUUUGAUUGCUAAAAGAGUGCCGGGUCGGACAGACAAUCAAGUGAAGAAUUACUGGAACACGCAUCUUAGUAAGAAACUCGGAACCAAAGAUCCCAAAAACAAGCCGAGCAAUGGUGAUAUUGUUUAUCAGAUCAAUCUCACAAAUCCUACUGAAACAUUGGAAGAAACAAAAAUCUGGAAUAUUAACGACAACGAUGAAAUUCAAGAAGAUCGUCACGGAAGUAACUAUCUGAGUUCACUUUGGGUUCAUGAUGAUGCGUUUGAACUAAGUACACUCACCAACAUGAUGGACUUUCUAGACGGACACUGCUUUUGAUGUUUUUUUUUGAAUUGGUUUUCUUUUCGUCUUGUUAUCUUCGUAGCUGAUCAAACACUAAUACAUCAACGAUCUUAAGCUAAAAGUUGUUGAUGUGGUAGUGUAUGAUUGGCUAAGUCUUUUAAUUAGGUUAACUUUCUUGGGUUUAAUAUAUAUGCUUGAAACUCGAUGCAUCAAUAUAUGUUAUGUCGGUUUCUUCCUAAACAAUGUCUAUUGUAUUUUAUUGUGUUAAAUGUUCAUAUAAUUUUUUAAAAAUGUGAUUUUAAGA